AUGGCCGCUGACCGUGAAGUCGUGCCGGAAGCCCCACAACCUGUCUAUGAUUGGCGACGCGCCGGAUAUCCUUUCGAGCAUGGGGAGGAAGUUGUCCGCUUUCUACGAGAGCAUCUGGAUGGCGAGCAUCAAGAGUGGCAUGCUAUUGGAGAAACGAAGAUGGUCAACAGGAACUUGGUAGCCAGUGUGAUCUCUAUACUCAACAUCAACGUCGGUACCUAUGGCCUAGUUUCUCCAACACACUCUGACGGAGGGUCAUAUUCCCGAACUUGCUUGUAA